GCCAAGUUACGCGCGUGCGCGGUCGGACCGGCCGGCCAAGAUGGCGGCCUCCGUGUGGCGCCGAGUCCAGGCGGCAGCGGGCCGGCAGUUGCGGUUACCCCGCCCCCACAGCAGGAGUGCCGGCGGCUCGGUCGGGGCGGCACCGGUUGCGGAUGGCAGCGAGGAGCCAGACAUACCUAACAAAGCUACCGCAAAGACCUUCUCAGCAUUGCAAGCAGAAAGGCACGAACAGGCAGAACGCACUAUUUUGAUUAGCUGUCCUCCUAAUGUCACUGAGAAGAAAUUCUACAACUACUUAGCAAGUUAUGGACCGAUCAAUAAAUAUUUCUUCUAUGAAACUUUUGGCAUUUAUGCACUGGUGGAGUUCUCUGGUAAGGAAAGUAUAGAAGCAGUCCAACGUGCUUCCACCAUCCCAGGCCUCCAGCACGAAUGUGCUGUUCCGUUCAAAUCCAGAUUUUUCAAUUUGAGGAAUAACCAUCUUGGAUCGCAGGCUGCCAUUCAUCCUUCCGUGCUUCGGCUUAAACAGUCUGUCAUCUCUCUUAAUGAACUCUUACAGAACAUCUCUGGAGCCGCGAGUAUAGAUGAACAAUUAUACAUGGUCCUCGAGGAGAUGCAGCUUACCGAAGAGAAUACACGUCUUCGAUUUCUCGUGUGUUCCCUAAUAAAGGAAAUCGCGGCAGCUUACUUUCCAGAAUGUUCGAUCAGACCCUUUGGGUCAACUGUAAAUAAUUUUGGCAAGAUGGGCUGUGACCUAGACAUGUUUCUGGAUCUGGACGGCAUUAGUGGAAGAAAUAAAACUAAGCCAGGCGGUGCCUUCUCCGUGGAGUACCAAACGAAAAGGGUGGCAUCAGAGCGGGUGGCAACGCAAAGCAUCCUUUCGGUGAUAGGGGAGUGCAUUGAUCAAUUUGCCCCAGGAUGUACAGGAAUGCAGAAGAUACUCAAUGCUAGGUGCCCGUUGGUGCGAUUUUCUCAUCAGCCUUCAGGAUUUCAAUGUGACCUCACUGCCAAUAAUAGAAUUGCAAUGAGAAGCACCGAGCUCCUUUAUAUUUAUUCUACUCUUGACCCUCGGGUACGGGCCCUGGUGUUCGGCAUUCGAUGUUGGGCUCGUGUUCAGGGUAUCACCAGUAGUGUACCUGGCGCUUGGAUCACUAAUUUCUCCUUGACCAUGAUGGUUCUUUUCCUGCUGCAGAGGAGAAAUCCACCAAUUAUACCAACACUGGAUCAGCUAAAAGCCCAAGCAGCAGAGAAAGAUGUGCAUAUUAUUGAAAGUCAUGACUGCACCUUUGCUUCUGAUUAUAAAAUGAAGUCUUCCCAAAAUACCGAGACUCUGGAGGAUCUCCUCCAAGAAUUCUUUGAAUUUUAUGGUUCCUUUGCUUUUAAUAAAAUGUCCAUCAAUAUCAGAAAGGGUAAAGAACAAAACAAGCCUGAGCCAUCACCGCUGCACAUCCAGAAUCCAUUUGAACAAGCGCUAAAUGUUAGCAAGAACGUUAAUCAAACCCAACUGGAUAGGUUUGUGCGAGCAGCUCGGGAGAGCGCCUGGAUCUUGCAGCAGGAAGGCCUCAAACACCCAAAGGCCAACCCUUGGGGAUUUUCUGCUCUGCUUCUUCCUAACUCUCAAACCUCGAUGGGAAAGAGCAAAAAGAGGAGGAGACAGCCAGCUAGCGAGAGGAUUAAAAACUUGUUGGAUUCACUGAAGGCAAACAAGCAAUCCACUGACAAUUUAAGCAGGCCGAAUGGCCAUCAAAAAAGUAUUCCCAUUGUACGAUAGCAACCCCUUGUAUAAAUAAACAGAGUUGUGUCUGAGGAAACACUAUUCACUUGAGAUAUGUGAUAUCUUGGUGCUCAAGACUCUUUAAAUUUGUACAUUUGUCUGGAGUGCUUCAGGAAUUGUUGAACAAAGCAGUUAGGUUCCACGCAAGGCGGCACGGUGGCGUAGCGGUAGAGUUGCUGCCGUACAGCGCUUGCAGCGCUAGAGACCCGGGUUCGAUCCUGACUACGGGUGCUUGUCUGUCCAGAGUUUGUACAUUCUCCCCGUGACCGCAUGAGUUUUCUCAGAUCUUCGGUUUCCUCCCACACUCCAAAGACGUACAGGUAUGUAGGUUAAUUGGCUUGGUACAAGUGUAAAUUGUCCCUAGUGUUAGUGUGUGGGGAUUGCUGGUCAGCGCGGACUCGAUGGGCCGAAGGGCCUGUUUCUCUACAAUUAAAUAAAACUAAAGAAAGACUGAGUUUCUAAACUUCUGGGCUGGAUUUGUUCUGAUGCCAAAUAGUGCAUUAACUGGAUUUCACGCCAGCUAGUAAUUUGGAGACAAACUUUGGAACAGUAUUGGCUUGAAAUCCAAAAUGUGACCUAGAAGGACCAUUCCUGCAUAUUUCUGCUUAAUUGUCCAAAAUUAAGUUCACUGCAUGUGACCAGAUAUUUUUUAGAAAGUGCUGAAUCUAUAAAUGUUUCUGAUUUGUAAUUUUAAAUGAAUUGCUGGAUGGUGAUUUAAUAAUAGUUACAACAUUUUUAAACAC